AUGGUCAAGGGUCACUCAUCCAUGGUCAAGAUAAGGAAGUCCAAUACGGUGCUAGUGAGCAAGUUCGAUGCUAAGAGGAAAAAGAAGAAGCCUACUACCAUCCCUCAAUUGGCACGAAAACCUUCUUUCCCUACAAAGGAAGGGUCUUCCUUCAACAGACCGAGUAAUCCACCAAAGAAGGACACCAAGGACGUGAAGCUAGGUGACAUUGUGUGUUACAAAUGUGGAGGACGAGGUCAUUACAAGAAGGAUUGUCCUAAUACUAGGGCGUUAACCAUACAAGAGGAGGAAGAAGAAGUUGAAGAUGAUUGUGAUGAUUGCAUGGCCGAGCCAGAGGGGAAGACUAGCCUCGUGAUUAGGAGGGCCUUGCAAGCACGUGUGGAAGAGCAUGCUGCCCCCCAACGCCAACACAUUUUCAUCACCCGUUGUAGAAUUGGUGACGAGGUAUGUGAUUUGAUUAUUGAUGGAGGGAGUGAGGCUAAUACCGUGUCUAAGACCUUAGUAUCUAAACUUGGUCUAACUACUACUAAUCAUCCACAACCUUACAAGUUGAGUUGGUUAAAUUCAAAUGCUAGCACCGGGGUUAGGAAGCAAUGCAUGGUUUCUUUUUGUGUUGGUUCAUAUUGUGAUUCUAUAUUAUGUGAUGUUGUGUCUAUGGAUGCUUGUCAUAUUCUACUUGGUAGGCCUUGGCAAACGGAUAAAAAAUCUAUACAUGAUGGGUAUCACAAUACGUAUACCAUAGUCCAUGAAGGGAGGAAGAAAAAACUACACCCUUUACCACCCCCACGGUUUUCACCAUCACAAACCCCACAAAAAGAAGUAUCCUUGUUGUCUCUUAAAGAGUUUGAGAGGGAGUUGGAAGGUGAGGGAGAGUUGUUCAUGCUGUACUCCAAGGAAACCCACGAAAAAUUUGUUGCUCAUAAUCCUAGGUUAGCCCAAUUGAUUAAGGAUUUUGAGGACGUUUUUCCGGAUGAAUUACCUAAAGGACUACCACCCAUACGAGGAAUUGAGCAUCAAAUUGAUCUCAUUCCCGGAGCACCCUUGCCAAAUAAACCAGCCUAUAGAUGUAACCCUUUAGAAACUAAGGAGUUACAACGACAAAUUGAAGAGCUAAUGGGUAUGGGUUAUGUGCGUGAGUCCAUGAGUCCAUGUGCCGUUCCUGCUUUGUUGGUCCCUAAGAAAGAUGGUACUUGGAGAAUGUGUAUUGAUAGUAGAGCCGUUAAUAACAUUACCAUCAAGUACAGGUUUCCAAUUCCAAGGCUUGAUGACAUGCUUGAUGAGCUGAGUGGUUCCAAGGUCUUCUCAAAAGUAGACUUGAGAAGUGGGUAUCAUCAAAUUCGCAUGAGAGAAGGGGAUGAAUGGAAGACUGCGUUCAAGACAAAGCAUGGGUUGUAUGAGUGGCUCGUCAUGCCAUUUGGCCUUACAAAUGCCCCUAGCACGUUCAUGAGAUUAAUGAAUGAAGUGCUAAGGCCAUUUCUUGGCAAGUUUGUGGUAGUAUACUUGGAUGACAUUCUCAUUUAUUCACGUGAUGAAGAAGCUCAUUUUGAUCAUCUUUUUCAAGUAUUUUCUGUUUUAAGACAAGAAAAAUUGUAUGGGAAACUAGAAAAAUGUGAUUUUUUAUUGUAUGAAGUCAUGUUUCUUGGCUAUAUAGUUUCAGGUGAUGGCGUGAAGGUAGACCCUAGCAAAAUUGAAGCAAUUCAAUCAUGGCCUAGUCCGAAGACACUCACGGAAGUACUUGGGUUCGAUUUGAUCAAGGAGUAUUAUCAAGAAGAUGAUGAACUCAAGGGGAUAAUUGAAAAAUGUGUCCAUGGAGUCUAUGAUCUGUUUUCCUUACAUAAUGGUUUUCUUUUUAAAGGAAAUAGAUUAUGUAUUCCAAAAUGUCCCAUUAGAAGUUUGUUGAUACAUGAAGCUCAUGGGGGAGGACUAGCUGGUCACGUUGGUAUUCACAAGACAAUGGAGCUUCUCCAAGCUCACUUUUAUUGGCCGAAAAUGUUAGCCACGGUUCAUCGUGUG